UUAAGUGUUAAAUGGUGGGAAAAAAUAUAAAUAAGUUUCUCCUAAUAUUUACGCUAAUUAUAUUAGUGUUUGUAAAUUUGAAAUUUUUGUAAUAUUUUUCUGAAUAUGAACUCGAAAAUAAAAUUAAUGAAGAAAGAAUAUUUGUGAAUACAAUUUCGAAACAUUUUUAUAAAAAUUGUUUAUCUCUACGUCGAGAGGAGUAGAAAAAGUCAAUAAAAUAAAAACAAUUGAAAACAUAAAUCAUAAAUAGUGGUACUACUUGCACGUAUAAUGUUGUAGAUAGCGAUAUGAAUAAGAUAGAAGGUGAUAUGCGGGAGUAGAGAAAAAUCCCCAACACACAAGAAGAAAUUUCGUUGGUGGCGUCCAAUCCACCAACAACGAUACAUACGACGAAAUGUCCUGCGAAAAGGAAAAACAAUAAAUAAUAUUAAAUAAUAGUUAAGGAAUAAUUCAUGUUAACAGAAGAGAACCAUUUAAAUUAUAAGGCAUUAAAAUCCGAGGAAAUUGAAAACAAUCUACCCAAAUUUUCUUCUCAUUUUUUCUGUUAUUUCCUUAAAAAGGAUUUAUUUACAUUAUUUGACAAACGAUUUGGAUGCCUUUGUCGCAAUGGACCAGAAAUUAGAAAAUAAUAUCAAAACGGUGUUGGAAAAUCAUAAAGUAGAAAAUACAGAAAAGACAGACAACAAAGCCGUUAAUGAUAGCAAAUUAGACAAAAUUAAAGUGCCUGCUGCUCAAAGUAAUAUCAAAGCAGUAGAUACUUUAGAUGAUAAUCGUGAAAAGAAAACCACUACAGAAGAAGCUCAAAGCAAAUCGAAUGCAGGCAUUCAAAAUAUUGAUAUAGAAAAAAAACUGCAGCCUUCAGUUUCAAUAUCUACUGCAAUAGCGCUUAAAGAUGAACGAAAGAUCCAAAAUUACAUACAAGAAGAAGACAUAGAAAUGAUGGAACCUUUAAUAGUCAAAAAGGAAGAGAAUAGCAUCACUACUAUAAACAUCUCCCCCAAAGACGAUUUAACACCAGUCUCUUUAUGUGAAACAACUGAUGAUAAAACUCAAAGCUCUAUAAUGUCGUCGUCAGCGGCUUCCACACCGGCUACUACACCACCCGCCGAACAUUCACCACCUUCACAAGACCAAAAGUUAAGCAGUAGUACUGGUGAAAGUCCACAACAGACUGUGGCCUCUCCCAAAAUAUCACCGGUAGAAACGAUCAUUACUCCAUCGCUGUCGUCUGGCGAUGGUAAUAAUUGCAUUGCACAACCAAUUAAUGUUUUACGAAAUGGGACCAUACCAAAUGCUGGGAAGCCAUUGCUGUCCACCAUGAGCAAGAAAUUAGAGAAAUCUGCCAGAACUGGUCGUUCACGCAAACCAAAAUCCUUGGUGGCUAUGUAUGAAAGUGAGAUUAGUGAAAACCAAACCGGUAUUAAGCUAUGCAUAAAAAAGUCGGAUAAUUCCUUGAGUAAUAUAACGGCAACAGCAAUGGCUGCUGUGGCUAAAGCAAUUUCAAAAUCGUCUUCAUCAUCAUCCUCAUCAACGACAGUUAAGAACCGUAAAAGUUCACGGAGCCUUAAACAGCGCAUACGUUUGACUAGCGAUGAUGAAGCAGCCGAUGGGCAUGACUAUGAACCGAAACGCAAAAAAGAGCGUUCAAAUAAGAAAAUCACUUUUGUUGCCAGUGCUGUUUCUAGAAUUGAUGGGGAAGUUAAAGAACCCAUUGAGCAAAGCGUUUGGGGUAGCCGCCUGCCAGAACCAGUCUUAUUUAAGAUAUUUCAAAUGAUUGUCGAUAAGGAUGGUUGCAUGCCUACACUACUUCGUUUGGGUCGGGUAUGUUCAUUGUGGCGUCAAGUUUCUCUAUCACCGAUGUUAUGGAAAACAAUGGAUUUAACGACGUGGAUUAAGGAGAAGUAUCGCACGGAACUGAAAUUAAAAUGGUUUGUGGAGAAUCGUUGCAGCUUAUGUAAUGAGCUGAAUGUUUCCAAUUGGAAAGUUACAGAUAUUAAUUGCUUUCUGCACAAGUUAGUUAAGGGUGCGCCUAAUUUAAAAAGCAUCACUUUGGCUGGCUGGAAAGGUUUCACAUCAGACCAUUUAAUUUUUAUGGUGGAAAAUAUGAAGAAACUUGAAAGACUUGAUUUGAGUUCAAUUAACGUCGAAAUGAAUGCUAGUAAAAGUGCCGUGGGAGGUCAAUCGUUAUGUAACGCUUUGCAAGUAAUGGGCGGGCGUUUAACGCAUUUGUAUUUGGCGCAUAAUCGUCUAGCUUGUAUACCGCAAGUGGUUAACAUUCUGUCGACUCACGCCCCAAACUUGCAAUUAUUGGAUUUAUCCAACGUCAGCACUCAGGCGACUUCACAUGGUAUUUUGCAUAUAGAAAAACUGCAACAAGGUUGCCCUAAACUCAAAGUUUUACGUAUUACCAAUUCACACAUAACAUUGUGUAACGCUACUAUGCAAGAAAUGAUGGAUUCACCGGGCUUUCCCAAUUUGGAAGAGCUAUCGGUGGCCGUCUUAACAGGAUCACGUGUUAUAGGUGACGAGCAUUUGCAACGUUUUUUGAAAUCAAGUUCAAAAUUAAAACUUUUGGAUGUACGUUGCUGUACACGCUUGACGCAUGAGAGCCUUAUACGUUUACCCGCGUGGGAUAUUAAACAUUUAUUCUUAUCUGGUUGCUCAGUGACACGCGAUACCGGUUCUGGCUUGGAACUUAUCGCUUCAAAAUGGGCUCAUAGUCUUAUUGAAUUAGAUCUCGCUUGGGCUAAUGUGCAACAGCCACUGGAUAAUGCUUUGCAUGCUUUGGCUGAUAAAGGGGCCGAAUCAAGAUUGGCGCAUUUAAAUCUUUGCGGAUCUUCUGUUUCCGAAGAAGCAGUGAAAGAGAUUUUAGCCAAUUGCCCUUUAAUGAGCUCCAUAAAUUUAUCGUCAUGCCGUGGUUUACCGCGUGGUGUUAAACGCUUAAUGCAGGGACCCCAAGAACUCAAUGAAUUGCGAGAAGUGCUUAAAGUACAAUUAAAAGUCAAAUUACCCGAUUCUUCAGCAUCUAACAACACGCAAAUCUCUACGACGGCAAUAAAUUUAAAUAAUGAACCAAUAAACAACUCUGGGGGAGUAGGUGCUGAUGAAGGUGGCGGAGAUGAUGUUGGUGUGCAUAGUCCAUAGAUAUAUAGUCGGUGUAAGUUUCAAUUGAAAACGAAAAACGUUAUACUUAGUGAAAAAAACACGUCUUUACUUUUUUUUACACUUCUUAAAACUUACGUUAAUCUUACUCUUUUUAAGUAUACAUACAUUUCUAAUGAUUCUUUUUGGCUUUCUACGUUUACUUUUUUUUUGUAUAAAAAAAUGAAUUUUUCAUAUCUUGUUUAGUCAUUUAGUUAAAUCCAUAACUAAACGUUAAUGUUAUAUACAAUGUAUUUAUACAUAUAUACUAAAAAAAAAAAAUAAUGAAAAAACUUUUACUUUUUUUUUAUUGUUCGCUAAAAU